GACGUCAUCACCGAACGCGCAGCUACCAACACACGCGCAGUCGUCGGGCGUACCUGAGUGCGGAUAGCCGACCCGAAUCAAACGGUCAAAAACGUAAACAUAGCAACAUAAGUAAACAUUAGUGGAUGGAAAUAGUCGAUUGUAGUUGAAUGAAGCGAUUUAGUGAAUUUAUGGUGAAAUUGAUCAGUAGAGGGCAUAAUUAGUUAGUUAAGUGGAAUCGUUUGUGAAUUGCGGUAUUAAAGAAUCAGGCAAAUAACACGGCACUAGCAGACACAAAAGGAGAAAACACGGUGAAGUGAAAACUAUUCAUGUGAGUUUUGUAGAUUAAACCAAAAAUUAACAAUUAACUGAAUACAAACUAAUCUUACAGUUUUGAGCUGCUGUAAAUCAACGCUGCUGCAAAAACAAAGUUUUCAUUAGUGAUCCGAACAUCCUCAAAAAUGAAUAAAUCUAAAGGGGAUGGAUCUAACCUCAAUCCGGAUGAGACGGCGUACAACUGCGCGAUUUGUACACGUCCGGAUCAUGAGGACGAUCAUAUGGUGUACUGCGAAGGCUGCACGAAAUGGUUCCACUUCAGUUGUGCCGGAGUUGGAUCGGCCGUGGAAUACGACGAGAACUGGAGAUGUUCAUCGUGCUGUGAAAAAGAGCCGGAUGAUAGUGAUUCGGAAGAUGAUGUUGACGAUGACGAUGUUAUUCCCGUUGACGAUAGUGUUGACGGCCAAUCCAAAGCGAAGGAAGCGAAGGUCAGUGCAAAAUCUAACCCGGACGACGAAAAGGAGAUUGCGAAAGCAAUGGAAGCGGUGAAGAAGCAGAAAGAGCGUCUGAAGAGGAAGAUGGAGCAAAAGUUGGCAUUGGCUAAAGCGCAGAUGGAACUGGAGAACGAGGAGAUGGAGAUGCAGUGGGCUUUGGAGAAGCAAAUCCUCCAAAUGAAGAUUGCUUCGGAGAAGAAGUUCCAGAAGAAGAAGGAAAUGGAGAAGAAGCAGCUACAGAAGGAACUCGAGGAACUGAGCGAAGGCAGAAAGCAGGCGGAAAAGGAAGUGGAGAAGCUGGAGAAAAAGAAGAAGCGUGAAAGUUCCAAAGGAACGAAGUCAUCAGGAGGAAAACUACGCGUUAGCUCCACACCGAUAGUCGAUCCAAAGCCGUCUACAUCCACGGAGGGAAUGAAGAAGAAGACAACUAAGGUUAAGUCAGUACCUGUUGUAAAGAAGCCAGCAAAGGAAGAAGAGGAGGAUGAAAGUGAUAGUGACGACGAUGGUUCGAAGGUGAGUUCGCAGGAUGAACAGUCGGACGAUUCUAACGAGGACAGUAGCAGAACAUGUUCUGAAGACGAGGAAGAAGACAAGGAUCUAAAGAAGAGUAAGCGGAAGAACAAACAGGAUGAAGAAAACCCAACGAAGGCGCAGAUAUCGGCACGACAGUUCCUUUCGCGAAAGCUGCCUACCUUUACAGGUCGGCCAGACGAGUGGCCAAUAUUCAUCAGCAGCUACAACACCACGACGAAGGCUUGCGGAUUUUCGAAUUUGGAGAACCUUGCUCGUUUGCAGGAGAGCUUGCGAGGCCCUGCACGGGAGGCAGUUUGCAGUCGGAUGUUGUUGCCAGAAGCAGUUCCGCAAAUCAUUGAAACGUUGCGGAUGUUGUACGGGCGACCGGAGCAGUUGCUGAACACGUUGCUUGUGAAGGUGAGAAAGGCAGAUUGCCCGAAAGCGGACCGGCUGGGUACGUUCAUCAGCUUUGGGAUGGUAGUACAGCAAUUAUGCGACCAUCUCGAAGCAACAAAGCUUAACGACCACCUGGUGAAUCCUCUCCUCAUCCAGGAGUUAGUCGAAAAGCUACCACCGGGGACGAAAAUGGACUGGGUUCGGUUCAAGCGGCAACACGAAAGGGUAACGCUGCGGACGUUGGCCGACUUCUUGUCCGAACUGGUGUCUACUGCUAGCGAAGUGACUGGGAUCGUCGAUAUGCCAUCGAAUCCGACUGGUAAUCGUUCCGGUAAGGCAAAAGGAGGAAGACCGAAAGAGAACGAGAGCCACAUCAACUCACACAGCGAAGAAUCGUUCGCAGAAAGAAAGCCGUGUCCAACGUGCGGAGGCACAGAUCAUCGGCUGAGAAAUUGCGACGAAUUUCGGAAGAUGGGAGUUCAACAGCGGCUGGAAGUUGUCGAACGUUUCGAUCUAUGUCGAUCAUGCCUGAACGCCCACGGGAGGAGUAGGUGUAAAGCAAACAUCCGGUGUAAAGUCGAUAGGUGUCAAGGGCAACACAAUACCAUGCUUCAUCAGCAGGUAACCGAAAUGCGAUCGGACUGCAACGCUCACAGUGUGAGUCUUCAGCUGCCGAUACUCUUCCGGAUGAUUCCAGUGACGUUGAGCUUUGGAGAAAAGUCCAUUAACAUUAUGGCUUUUCUCGACGAGGGCAGUUCGUUUUCGUUGGUGGAAAGUUCCAUCACGAACCAGCUGAAGGCGACUGGGAAACCACAGCCACUACGGGUAACCUGGACCGCUGGAAUGACGAGACUAGAACGAGAGUCAAUGCUGCUGAAUCUGACGAUAUCUGCCGUCGGAUCGAAGGAACAGUUUCCGAUGGAAAAAGUACACACCGUGAAGGAGCUCAAGUUGCCAGCACAGUCCUUGAACUACCAGGAAUUGGUGCAGCGUUACAGCCAUCUUCGAAACCUUCCGGUGGCUGAAUAUCCGAACGACUCGCCGAAGAUCUUGGUAGGUUUGAAGCAUCUUCACUUAUUCGCACCUAUUGAAUCUCGGAUCGGUCAAGCAGGAGAGCCGAUAGCUGUCAGAUCCAGUCUUGGCUGGACGGUGUAUGGCCCACAAGAAGGAGGCAGUCUGCGGACUGCAUACGUUGGCCAUCAUUCAUGCGCUGGGGUGUCCAAUCAGGAGUUGCACGAUCUGAUGAAGUCGCACUAUGUACUCGAAGAAGCAGGAGUGUCGGUGGAAGUUUUGCCUGAAUCAGCUGAAGAUCAACGGGCCCGCGAGAUUCUGGAAAGGACAACGAAGCGAGUUGGGGACAGGUUCGAAACGGGACUGCUGUGGAAGGAAGAUGAUCCAUCGUUUCCGGACAGUUAUCCAAUGGCAGCACGCCGGAUGAAGAGCUUGGAUAAACGCCUCUCGCAGAGUCCACAACUGCAACAAAACGUUCGGAACCAACUCAUCGAGUAUCAAAGCAAGGGAUACUGCCACAAAGCGACGGUUGGAGAACUAAAUGAGACCGACCCCAAGAAGGUGUGGUAUCUUCCCCUCAACAUCGUGAUCAACCCGAAGAAACCUAAUAAAGUCCGGCUGGUAUGGGAUGCUGCUUCCGCUGUUGGAGGUGUCUCGCUGAAUUCAAAGCUGCUUAAAGGUCCUGAUUUCCUCACAUCGUUGCCGUCGGUAGUGUGCAAGUUCCGGCAAUACAGUGUCGGGUUCGGUGGAGAUAUCCGAGAGAUGUUCCACCAACUGAAGAUACGACUGGAGGAUAGGCAAGCUCUGCGGUUCAUGUUCGACGGCGAGGUCUAUGUGAUGGACUGCGCGAUAUUCGGAGCGACAUGUUCGCCGAGUCAGGCUCUCUUCGUGAAAGAUCGCAACGCCAGUGAAUUUAUGUUGCAGUUCCCAGAUGCCGUGGAUGCGAUUGUCAACCGACAUUACGUGGAUGACUACUUUGACAGCACAGAGACCGUCGAGGAGGCGGUGAAAAAGGCAACCGAGGUCCGGUACAUCCACUCAAAGGGCGGUUUCGAAAUCCGAAACUGGGUAUCAAAUUCAAGCGAGGUACUUCAGCAACUAGGUGAGUCGAAAUCGAACCAAAUUGUCCAUUUCAAUACCGACAAGGCUACGGGUUCCGAGCGGGUUUUGGGUAUUGUCUGGGACCCUCAAGAGGACGUGUUUACGUUCGCGUUGCAGCUGCGAGAGAAUCUGCAACCGUACUUGUCCGGAGACGAGCGUCCGACCAAACGAAUCGUUUUGAGCAUCGUGAUGAGUCUGUUCGAUCCGUUAGGCCUGCUGACGAUGUUCACCAUCCACGGUAAGAUGCUGAUACAGGACUUGUGGCGUACAGGUUGUGAGUGGGAUGAGUCGAUCGACGAUGAGAGUUUCGAAAAGUGGCAAAGAUGGACAGCGCUGUUACCGGAUAUUGAGCGAGUGAAAAUUCCCCGUCACUAUUUCGGUGGUGGCGAAUCACUGGACUACGAAUCACUGCAACUCCACGUGUUCGUAGAUGCCAGUGCAGGUGCAUAUGGAUGCGUGGCAUACCUUCGAAUGCUAGUAGAUGGGAUUCCUCGGUGUACUUUGGUGCAAGCCAGGUCCAAGGUGGCACCGCUGAGGCAGUAUUCGACGCCACGUUUGGAGUUGAUGGCAGCAGUGCUUGGAGCAAAAAUGGCCGAAACCGUAAAGAAAAAUCACAGUUUGCGCAUCAACCGUGUACAGUUCUGGACGGAUUCAAGUACGGUGUAUUCCUGGAUCGUGUCGGAUCACCGGAAAUACAAAGUGUUCGUCGCAUACAGAAUCGGCGAAAUAUUGAGCAAGACGAACCCGUCGGAUUGGCGCUGGAUCCGCACAAAGCUAAACAUAGCGGAUGAUUUGACCAAGUGGAAGGAAGGAACCAGGAUCACAUCGAACAGCCCGUGGUUCAUGGGUCCUAAGUUUCUGUACGAGACGGAGGAUACGUGGCCACAUCCGGAGCCACCGAGACCGAACGUGAAGGAAGAGUUACGUGCCAGUUUACUGUUCCACAGUAUCGAGAUCGCAAGGCCGCUGAUCAACUGUAGCCGCAUUUCGAAGUGGAAUAUUGUAGUCCGAACGGUGGCGAACGUUCUUAGGUUCGUGUCGAACAUUCGCCGGAAGCAGCGAGGUUUGCCAAUUGAAUCGCUACCAGCUGAUCCCAGGGUAGUGAGAUUAGGUAGAGGGUCCGUAUCAGCAGUAGAACGUCCGUUUUCGAGGGAGGAGUACCAAGAGGCGGAGCGCCAUCUGUGGAAAAUGGCGCAAGGCGAAUCGUUCGCAGACGAAGUGAAGACGUUAGCUAGAUGCAGAGAAGGGAAGUACGAAGCCAUUGAUCGUUCCAGUGAUAUUUUCAAGCUGUCGCCUAUUCUGGACGAGCAUAAUGUGAUGCGAAUGGAUGGCAGAGUGCAGGAGGGAGAGUUCGUUCCGUUUGAGCUACAGUUUCCGGUAAUCCUGCCAAAGGGGCACCCGGUGACGGUCAAGCUGAUAGAACACUAUCACCAGCUGUUCGGUCACGCGAACCGGGAAACUGUAGUGAACGAGUUGAGACAACGUUUUUACAUCCCAGGAGUCCGCAGAGAGCUGGAAAGAGUUGCGAAAAGCUGUAUGCGGUGCAAGGUCCAGAAAUGCAAACCGGUGAUUCCAAGAAUGGCUCCGCUUCCGAAUCAACGAACCACUCCUUUCGUUAGACCGUUCAGCUACACCGGAGUUGACUUCUUCGGUCCAAUCAACGUAGUGGUUGGACGACACACAGAAAAGCGUUGGUGUGCUCUUUUCACUUGCCUUGGAACUAGAGCCAUCCAUCUUGAAGUCGUCCAUAGUCUGUCGUCACAGGCAUGUCUAAUGGCCAUCCGACGUUUCGUUUGCAGGCGUGGAGUUCCCAUUGAGUAUUUCUCUGACAAUGGGACAAACUUCGUAGGCGCAAGCAAGGAGAUCGUGAAGGAGAUCAAAGCGAACUGUUCUGAGGAGCUAACGAGUUCAAGGACCCGAUGGAAUUUCAAUCCACCAUCGGCACCACACUUCGGCGGAGUGUGGGAACGACUCGUCCGUUCGGUCAAAGAAGCGGUGAAGGUGUUGGACGAUGGGCGUAAACUGACGGAUGAGAUACUCCAGACUACGUUAGCUGAAGCAGAGGACAUGGUGAACUCCAGACCUCUAACCUAUAUUCCUCAAGAACCGGGGAAUACUGGUUCGAUAACUCCCAACCAUUUUCUGAGAGGGCUUUCGUCAGGCGAAAUGGGAGGUUGUGUACUACCGACCAACGAAGCUGAGGCGCUACGGGACAGCUACAAAAGGUCGCAGAUGCUGGCUGACCGUAUAUGGAAACGGUGGUUGGCUGAGUACCUUCCGUUCAUCAACCGGCGAUCGAAGUGGCAUAGCGAACAGAACCCACUGGAAGUAGGCGAAGUCGUGUUUGUGGCAGACGACGACAAUCGAAAGUGCUGGGUUCGAGCAGUAGUAGAGGAGGUCAUCCAAGGAGCCGAUGGAAGAAUUAGACAAACAGUGGUGCGCACAGCAAAAGGAACAUACAGGCGUCCGGUGGCAAAGCUUGCGGUGCCGGAGAUACGUGUUAGUAAAUCUGGCUCCAGCGGAGAGCCUACGCCAGUGUUACGGGGAGGGGCUGUUGAGGCACCGGUGACGUCAUCACCGAACGCGCAGCUACCAACACACGCGCAGUCGUCGGGCGUACCUGAGUGCGGAUAG